CGUAAGGCGGGCGCGUGCUCCAGGUAACUGAAUGUAACGGAAACGCUGAUUGGUCCCUUUGCCACGCUUGCGCACAAGUACCCACGGGAAUAUACAAGGGACAUAUUCGUACAGGUGCGAAGUGUGAAAUAGGUAAACUUAAUUUCUUUUCACAAAUGAGUGAAAAUGAAAACUUUUUACUGUGGUUCUGAUUGGAUUAUGUGAAGUUGAUCCGUGGAUUUUGUUUUACAAAUGAUUGUGAUAUUUCUGGAGGUUUUACCCGAGUUGGCGGUUGUCCGACGACCGACAUGUCAUGCAUGAUCACUGUUGAAGCGACGAGACUCCCUCCGAUAAUCUGAAUGAAAAAAUAAAGUCAACAAGCUGGAAAUGGGGAAGGACCUAGAUAUUAUACAAGCUGUUAAAGAGCAGGAUAUAAGCUCUCUACAGAAGCUGCUCCAGAAGGCCGGGAAACUCGCUAAUAAAAACAAGCUUAUUGGAAAUAAUAAAAAGUUCAACGUAAACUUCCAAGAUGGCGAUGGCAUGUCCGCACUCCACCAAGCGGCACUUAUGGGCAACACUGAUGUCAUACAGUUACUGGUGGAUAGCGGGGCCUCCACUGAACUCCGGGACAACAAAGGCAUGAUUCCCCUUCACUAUGCAACAUGGCAAGGGAAGUCUCAGCCAGUCCACAUCCUGCUACAGAAAGGGUCUCCAGUCAACCUGCAGGCAGAGAACGGGGAGUCCCCUCUCAGUCUGGCUUGUCAGCAUGGCCAUGUCGAUGUGACCAAUCUGUUGUUGCUGCACCAUGCAGACCCCGUCAUGGCCACCAAGGAACACAAAACUCCACUGGAUCUCGCUUGCGAGUUCGGCAGAUACAGGGUGGUGGAGAUGUUGUUGCGGAACAACCUGUGUCUGAAGCUGCUGGAGGUGAAUGAGAAGGACCUGGGAGACAACAACCAGACGACAUGCAUGCACCUCGCUGCCAGGAACGGCCAUGUUGACAUCAUCACGUUAUUGCUACAGACUGGAAUGGAUAUCAACAGGUCCACGCUGAACGGCACGUGUCUACACGAAGCAGCUCUGUAUGGCAAGAUCGAGGUGGUCAAGUUGCUGCUUGAUUGUGGCAUUGAUGUCAACAAGCCCAACUCUUACGACCAGACAGCACUAGACAUUGUCAACAAGUUUACAACAACCAGAGCUGCCAAGGAACUCAAACACAUACUCAAAGAAGCAAGCUGUGCAUGUCAUGCAAGGGCAAUAAAGGAUUUCCACAGCAUUUAUGACCCUGAGAGUCUGGCCUUCAAAGAAGGGGACAUAAUCACAGUUUUGGAACAAAAGCCGGAUGGUAUCUGGAAGGGUUACGUAGUGCAGAGUGGAAGAAUGGCAAAAACAGGCUUCUUCCCUGCCAACCAUGUGGUUCUUGUUGACAGCCAAGUGGUUGCCAAACAGCAACAACAGAUAAGCCAGCAGUCCAAACGUAUCAACAUGCCGCCAGUCCCUGAUCUCCUGAACCGAAGCCCCGGAUACAUGGGCAGCAGUCAGCACGGUGGUCACUUCAGUGGCCUGGGGGUCGACGACAACUUCCCACCCCCUCCCUCACCCCUCACACUUGCCAGAUCGCCACACAGAGACGCAAUCACGGAGGCAAACCAACAUGGGCAACCUCCGCCACCCUACCCUGGGGCCAAUCACCAGUACCUUGGGGGCAAGGUGUUGGUGAGCCACAGUGAGCAUGCUGCCGACUGGCCACCAUCAUAUAUAUCCUUACAGGCCGGCCAGGGGGACAUGAGGGCCUCCAGCCCUGCCAAGGACACCAACAGCCCUGCCAACAGCAACCGCAACAGCGCAGCCAGCAGUGACAGUGGCAGGGGAGUCAGCACUGGACAUCUUGAACCCAAGGUACACAACCUGGUGAAUGUGCAGGUUUCCAGCCAGCACCGCCUGUCAGGCCAGAGUUAUGAGUCGGGUGUGUCGUCCAGACAGAGCUACCAUUCUACGUCCAGUUCCAGUCUGGGCAGUCUUGAUCGUCUAGAGGAGUCUGGCUACGCCAGCACCAUCAACGUGUCGGAACUCUUCCAUGCAGGGAUGCAGGACCAUGAGGUGCUCCAUGCCUGGCUGUGUGACCUCAAGUUUGACGAAUACUAUGAUAAGUUCAGCCAAGCUGGAUAUGACAUGCCCACCAUCUCACGCAUGACUCCCGAGGAUUUGACAGCCAUUGGGAUUACCAAGCCAGCACAUCGGAAGAGGUUAAAAGCUGAGAUAGCACGCAUGAAUAUUCAUGAUGGAAUACCAGAUUUCAAACCGAAUGACAUGCUGGAGUGGCUUCACUUACUCGGCCUCGGACAGUACUACCAGACACUGACCGGACAGGGCUACGACAACAUCGACUUCGUCACCGACAUCACUUGGGAGGACCUAGAGGAAAUCGGCAUUCAAAAACUAGGUCACCAGAAAAAGAUCAUGUUAGCCAUCGACAGACUCAAGAGAAUUAUGUCUGGCAGCAAGAGGUUGUCAUCCGUGGAGAAACGACGUGGCUCACAAGAGUUACUGGAGCCACCGUCUCAGAUGAACAACUUGAGGUGGUCAGGCGACAUGGCACCCCAGUACGUACAGGAGCUUGGUGUAGGUGCCAAGCCAAAGAAGUCACCGUCAGGAGACAGCAUUGCCACCGUGAGCAGCGGCAGCAGUGGCGCCAGUGGGACCAGCAGCAGCGGUGGCAGCUUGAGCAGCGGCGAGAUGAGGAUCAUGCACAUCCGGGAUGGGGACAGUGUGUUCACGCGGCAGAACUCGACCGGGUCUGGUGGACCCGAUGUUGUAGCCAUCCAGGUGAAGAGGUCAUCAAGCAGGACACCCAGCACAACGGAGUCAAUACCGGAAGGCAAGGACAUGGCAGGCCAGCCAAUCACAUAUCAGUCUUUUCAAACCCCAGGAGGUGACCGGCGGUCAGGGAAUUCAUUGGAUAAGGACAUUGCUGGUGGCGUUGUCAUGACUGAGCAGCCUCGGGAUGAGGACCGUGUGUUAGUGGCUCCAGUUGCACCUAAAGUGCAAGUCAAAGCUAAACCUGUUGCUAAAAUCAUUGCUAAGACAAAAAGAUCAAGUAGGGAGUAUUCACCUGAUAAUAUUGAAAUCGAGAAACAUGAGUCAGAGUGUAAUUCUGACGGGAAUAAGAACCCAGUUCUGGCGGGUGGAAUGGUGUUUUCAGGGACUUUGAAGAAGAAUCAACCGAAAUCUGGGUCCCAGCAAGAACAUAUCUAUGAUACACCCCAUGUUGCACCUCCACCAAAAGCUCCAAAACCCAAACCAAACCUUGCAAUCCCUAAAAUGCCUGUUAGUGAAUCCACAAGCCCAGGACCCUCAAGUCCAUUGUUUGUCAACACACAGAACCAAGACUCGGGUCCGUCCACCCCUUCCCCAACAGGAAGGGGCAAGCGAGCACCACCACCUCCUCCAAAACGAACACACUCAAUUCGAAAUGAGGGACCAACUCCUCGAGAUGAUGUCCAGGAAUUGCCCAAUCAAAGACCAAGCAUGCACCAGAGUGCACACUUUGGGGGAGAAGCUCGGGAACAGAAGAGGAUGACGACGUCUGCUGGGCCACCAUCUGUCAGUGUCAAGCCCCAGCAGCUUGUACAGGCUCAGCCUCAGGCAUCUCCCCAGCAUCAUGCUGCUCCCCAGAGUCAAGCCUCGCCCCAACAUCAUGCUGCUCCCCAGAGUCAAGCCUCGCCCCAACAUCAUGCUGCUCCCCAGAGUCAAGCCGCUACCCAGCAUCAUGCUGCUCCCCAGAGUCAAGCCUCUACCCAGCAUCAAGCCUCCCCCCAGCAUCAGGCAUCACCCCAGCAACACCAACAAGAGAUCCCACCCAAGCAGCAAGCAUUUGCAAGCUGUGUGCAAAGUCUUUCUCAACGAUUUGGGUCGAAGCGGGAGGAGAAUGGUGCUCAAGAAAAUACAUCUUCGGAUGGGGAAGAGUUCCCGCCUCCUCCUCCUCCAAUCGCCAUGGAUAUCAUCACACCCAAAAUUCACAAUUACGGAAUUCCUAGUAAAUCAGACAAGGCAGCUGCAGGGGAGUUUGGAGGACUACAGAGUAAGCUAAGGAGGGAUCUCGGUCACAAUCCUCAUAGUCCUCAUGAAAAGAGGGCAUACGGGGGACAGAAAAGCGAAGGUAGAACAUUCGGGGUGAAUCUGCGUCAACACAUGUCUCCCCCAAAGGAAAUACCUCGGGGUAAUGUGAAUGAAAAUGUGAAACCCUCUGAGGUUGACAACUUGAAGACAGGUUUAGGUGACAAACGCAGUGACUCUACAACUAGUUUCGAAUCGACGUCAUCAACUUCCAGUGUGGAUUCAAAUACUUUGCCUUUUGCCAAUGAAAAUGUUGGCACAAUUAAGCAAAGAACUCCUGCUGCUAAGCCCUCUAUAGUUGAAAUUUCUGAUGGAAUGAAUGGACAGAGAAGUGUAGAUUUAAAUUCUAGUAUGUUUGAGGAGAAUUCAGGGACAUUAAAACGGACUCCGAUGGGCUUCGGCCAUAGCCCUGUUAGUAAGAACUCAAUGAUCUCACAUUCACAGCCUAAUCCAACGAUGUCGGCAGGCCCAAGACCAGUAGUGACAGUGUCUGGCAUGUCCAACCCUACACAGAAAGGAAUUAUGCGUCCACCUGUACCUGCCCAGAAACCGAGACCAGCAGCACAACUGCAUCAGCAGCAACAACAUCAAAAACAACAACAGCAACAUCAAAAACAACAACAGCAACACCAGCAUGUAGGCAACCAUGACAAAGCUCCAGUUUCGACGAAGCCCGGCGGAGACACGGGCGAUGUGCUGUUUGACAUAGACAAUAUGUUGCAAGGACUGACAGAGGAGCUGGACGCGAUGCUGGAGGAGGAGGUUACCACAUAGGUUACCAUGGCGAUGGCCUCAUACAUCGCACGUCACUUUCAUGUACAUAGACAUCGCUCAAUGCUUGGAACCUUGUGGUGAUGGUGAUACAGCCCUUACCAAAAGGCUGGAUGGAUACUUGGUGCAAAUUGCUAGUGCUUAGCAAUCUAUUUCACCUGAAUUUGACAUUGACAUAUGCAAGUCUUUCAGUGAGGACUGACAUGCCAGAAACUGAAAUGGACAUAUUUGGAGUGAAUUAAGGCCUUUGGUGAUGUUUAUAGCAGUGUUGUGAACUUUUUCUGUUGGAUUUGGGCCUGUGAAAGGAUUGAUAUUUCAACUUGCCUUGUGCCAAAAGUUUGACAGUUAAACAACUGGAGUGCUGUGUACAUAGUCUAAGGGAGAGAACUCUCUUCCCACUUGGAGUACUAUGGAGAAUGCUUUUGGAUUCAGAUUUGCUUGCCGGACUGUGGCACAUUUCUUCCUCAUGAUUAUGCAUCAGGGAUAACCCAAGUGAGCAGCUUCCAAUCAAGUAAUUCUGAUGGAUUUAGCAGUCAGUGUUGCUUAGUUGUAGGAAACGAAAUCUAAAAUCAACGAGGAACUUCUAAUCCAGACAAAUCCACUCGCCAUCAAACCGUGACUUGAUUUGUUUACGUUUAACAGAGCCUGUGGUGUGUUAUGAAUGUUUUAAAUGUGCUAAACUGCUGAUUGAUUGAAGACACCAUGUCUGUGUGCAGUCGUUGCUUUUUUAACUGUAACGCCAUGAAUGACCUGGGUUGAAUCCUGCAUUAACCCAAUGCUGUCUAUGCACGUGCUUUGUACUGCAAUGAGAGUCCCUUGUAUCCAAGACGCUAGAUAUUGCAGGAGUUAGUCUCGUUCAGUGUAGUCAAGGAAACUUAACUUACAUCAGUGUAUGUUUUCAGGUGCGUGAAGAAUAUCAACAGAAACAGCACACUGAUUGAACAGCAAUAACUUUAACAAUGUCAGCAUUUUGUGAUGUUUAACUACUUGUGACGACAGGGCAGGAUGUUGUCAAACCGAAUUCUUUCGUCUGGACUGUAUUCCUCUUACAGUUUCUAUAUGUGUCUUUCUCAAGUCAAGGUACAACCGAGUCUGUGUGUCCAGCGUACUCUGGAAUCAUGAGGACUUCCCCCUUUGCCAGUUGACAGUUUAUUGAGCUUCAGAGAUUAUGGAUGUGGAUGUUGGAAAUAGUAUGGACAACUCCAUGUUGGAUCAUUAGUGAG